CUUUAUUUCUUAAAAUCAUCAAUAAUGGCCGUCAUCUGGGGAUUAGAUCUCCAUGAAAUGCAAUGGAGCAAAUUCAAGAGCUCCUACAUGUUCACACGCAUAUAUCAUCUUCGUCGCACAAAGAUGAUUGUCUAUCAGCUGGCUAUGAUUUUUUGUGUUUGCUCGGAAUCGGUUGGGACGGCGGCGUUGUCUGACUACCUCGACCAACAAGACGAAAUCCAAAACCAACAUCCCGGAAUCUACGUCUACAACAACGACUUCAUCGGCGCCGCAUCAUACAACAUCUUCGUCGGAAUCGCCGUCGCAUUCAUAUUUGGUGGGGCGUUCUUCUUCGAUUUAUUCUGGCCGGAACGUCACGAAAGUCACUCUGUCCGGUUGGCGUGGAAGAUUUGUGCCGUGAUUGUGUCGGUCAUGAUGCUGAGUUCGGCGUUGACGAUGACGAUCAUCACAGCGACGGGAAGUGCCCGCAUCGAUGGAACGGAUGCGUCAACGGCGCGGAAGUUUUGGGAGGAAUCGAUGAAGAAGCCUGCUUUGAAAUAUCAUACGAACCCACGGGCGAUCGCAUCCGCUGUUCUGGCUUGGCCGGGUUGGGUAUUUACGACUGUUAGUACGGUUAUCCUCUUCCUAUCGCAGCACCACGAUGAUCAGUAUGGACCCAAGUCGGCCUACGGUCGGCAACUGGGCAGUGCUGCUGAUACCGGGGAAAGAGUCACUACCGAGGAUAAAGUUGUCAAUGAUGUUUAGAUUCUUCUUUUGAUGAUAUGAUAAUGAGGGUGAUGGGGAUAUCUGAAUUACUUAUGACUGUAUAUACCAUUGUACUUUUAUGCG